CUCAGCAAGCAUGAAGACAUAUAUGCAUAAUAACUGUCGCCUUCCGCAGCAUGCCAUGAAGACAAACCCUUAUCAGGUGGUCCUGUGCAGUAGUUAGGGUAUAACUUGGAUGAGUCAGCUACUAUCAAUGACGGCAUUUGCGAACAGUAGCCAAUCCAAUAGAAAUACUGACAUUGUCCCAACGGUGCCCCAUGGACACCUAUAAUUAGUUGAGCAACUAACGGCAGUCUCUCUCAAACAUACGCAACUUUUUUUUCCUUCCAUCAGCUUCUGCCAAUUAUGCGGCUUCAAUGACGACUCCGCCGAUCAGAAUCCCCUUCACCGGCCCGCUGCCUCCACCAGUAAUUGUACCGCAAUCAGCCCGCACUGUUUCAGGAGCUAUUGAUGCUCUGUUGUCGUUUUUGACUGCCCCUCCGUCACCCUACCUUCGCGGAGUUGAUGUCGGAAGGUAUUCUCAGACUGUUCUCUUAACUGGUGCGGGAAUUUCGGUGGCGUCCGGCUUGUCCGAUUAUCGAGGAGAGAAUGGCACAUACGUCACAAACAAAACAUAUCGGCCAAUAUAUUUUCAUGAAUUUCUGAGACAACAUGAGUUCCGCAAGAGGUACUGGGCUAGGAGCUUUGUCGGCUGGCCAGGCCUUGUGAAAGCAAAGCCUAACUCAACGCAUUGGGCUAUUAGGGACCUCGGCGCAAAGGGAUAUCUCAGCUCCGUAGUGACACAGAAUGUCGACUCUUUCCAUCCAAUAGCUCAUUCGAAACUACCAACCAUCGAACUUCAUGGCUACUUAAGGUCGGUUGUCUGUACCAGCUGUCAAAAUCAAUUUCCCCGAGACGAAUUUCAGAAGUCCCUCGAAAAGGUUAAUCCGGCCUGGGCAGAGUUUUUGGCCAAGAUGGUUGACACCGGGGCUCUUAACACAGAUAAUCCUGAGGAGCAGCGACGGAAAGGCCUUAAGCUUAACCCAGAUGGAGAUGUGGAUUUAGCCGAGGCACCUUACUCUACGUUCCGAUACCCGUCUUGUCCUACAUGUCUAGAGAAACCUCCUCGUCUCCGAGAUGGCACGCCGGCUAGGGUAGAGGUAGAAAGCGAUGGUGCAUGGCUACCAUCUUCGACUGCUGGAGUUCUGAAGCCUGCGGUCAUUAUGUUCGGAGAAAAUAUUCACCCAGCAGUGAGGACGGCUGCAGAGGAGGCAAUUGAUGACGCAGGAAGGCUUCUCAUUCUUGGAAGCAGUCUUGCCACUUUUUCAGCAUGGAGGUUAGUUGAACGAGCUUAUAAAAGGGGUAUGCCUAUAGGCAUAAUCAAUAUCGGGGGGAUCCGAAACGAGUCGGUACUCUUUGGGAAGAUGGAGCCGGAUGCCCCUCAUAUUCGUUGCAGUCUCAACUCCGAUCUAAUUUUGCCCCCUGUUGCCGCACAGCUUCCCUCACUUGUCCAUGCGUGAAAAGGCUCUGUCCGGAUGUAUUGGGGAAUUUCCUCCCUGAUGAUAGAACUGUAUAGAACAGAGAGUUUUGUGAGAAUAUUCCCUUUUUUUUUUUGGAGGGGGAGUCGAACAUCCCAGUCAUCG